AUGGCCGACGACUGGGACACCGUUACCAAGAUCGGAAGCAGGGUCGGCGGCGGUGGUGGCGGCGGCCCUCGCUUGACCACCAUCAAGAACAAGAGCCAGCUUAAUGCUGCUCAGCGCGCAGGCGGUAUCGUGGGAACGGAGAAGAAGUACGGCACUGCCAACUCUAGCAGAUCAGAGGCCGGCUCCGGACAAUUCUUGACCAAGGUUGACCGAUCUGACGACAUUGUCAAGCCCAAGACUGGUGAUAAGGAAUUGGGCAUGUACAUAAUGCAGAACCGUGAACAGAAGAAGUUGGGGAACCGGCUUGAGUUCGGAAAGAAAGUCGGCAUAAACGAGAAGGAUCUUGCAAGGAUUGAGAAAGGCGAGGUCCCGAUCACACAAGAUCAGGUCAACAGGAUCGAGAGGGGCUUGGAGAUGUUCAUCAGAGGCGUUAAGAAGGGUGAGCCAAAGGUCAAGACCUUUAAGAGGGCUGCUGAUAAGAAAUAG